CUGCUUGCUUGCUGCCACUACAAAACUCAUUCAUUCAAAUUCAUUGUAUUGUGCAAAUUGGUAUUGAGCAUCAUAAUAUAUUUGGUUGCCUCAGUUUCAACUCUAUGCAGUGCCUGUUCAGUAGGCAAAUAAUUGGCAUUUAUAGUAAAUUAUUUUCACAAAAUUCACACUGGAGAAUUUAAGACAAAAAAAAGCAAAAAAAAACUGAAAACUGAAUGCUUGCCACAAUAGCACAAAGCGACCGCACUUAAAGCGGUCAGUGAGCUGGUAUUUGGGAAGUAAAAAUGCAUAGCAGCGAUUGGAAGCAACACGCUGGAGGAGAGUGGCCAUCGACGCGGGAGGUGCCAUACCAGCAGCCGAAAUUCUUACAAAAGCGUACGUCGCAACGCUUACAAUAUGGCCAACAACAAGCAGAUAACGUACCAUUUUAUGGCGGUAUCGCACAAGCGUAUCCAGCGCCCAUGUAUGCAACAGAUGGCAGUGGUUACUAUCGUCGCUACUCGUUAGAUGCACCACCGGAAUCGUUUAUUUAUUAUAAUAGUAAUCGAACAGCAGCAUUUAUUGGUCAUUCACUUGAUAGUAACGUGGAUUCAGCUUCCACCGCUGCCAAUUCGAAUGCAUUAUUAUACCCGCAUGCUUGGCAUGACGUUGCCGUUGAGCCACCACCACUACCGGACACGCGUCGCGCAUUCUAUUUUAAACAAAAGCGCACACAAUCAGCCGCCGCUGACAAUGCAAAUAUUAUAAAUACAGAGCAGGUUGUACAUAAUUUGACUUUGUUCGGCCGAUUUUUGGAAGUAGUGCAGAGUUGGCCAUUGCCCCAUGUUUCGUUUACAACGGCUUGUAUUUUAGUUUUGAUUGCCACAUUUAUAUCGCCACGUUUAUGGGCACAAAAUAUUAUAUUUCCUGCUUUCAGAUUAUCCUUUGGUACUUUAUAUCCAGCAUACGCUUCCUACAAGGCGGUACGCACCAAAAAUGUUAAAGAAUAUGUAAAAUGGAUGAUGUAUUGGAUUGUUUAUGCUUUCUUUACAUGCAUUGAAACAUUUACGGAUAUCUUUCUUUCAUGGUUCCCAUUUUACUAUGAAGUAAAAGUGAUCAUUGUUUUAUGGCUUUUAUCGCCCGCUACAAAGGGUAGCUCUACAUUGUACCGGAAGUUCGUACACCCCAUGCUGACACGCAGAGAACAGGAAAUCGACGAGUACCUCAAUCAAGCCAAAGAGCGUGGCUACUCAGCUGUACUACAAUUGGGCACCAAAGGCGUCAACUAUGCCACCAAUGUCAUCAUGCAAACAGCGCUCAAGGGUGGUGGCAAUCUGGUGCAAACGUUGCGACGCAGUUACAGCUUGAGUGAUCUCUCGGAGCCAGAUGUGCAGCGCACACAGGACGAGAUCGACGAAGUUGUGCAGAUGCGUUCACAACAACGUAUGCUGCGUCCACGUCCACAGGCUGGCAUUGCACGUUCAGCGUCGGGUACACGCCACUCCACGGGCAUGUAUUUCUCUGAGGUGGAUGUUGCUAAGGGUGCGGAUGGUUUUAACUACAAUAUAAGAUCAUCGGAAGACAUUAGUUCGGGUUACUCCAGCGCUGAGCCGGUAUCGGUUGGCCUAAGCAGAACAUCGUCGAUGACAAAUGCCUCGAAAACACGUUUGAAAGCCAGGCGUACAACAGAGAUUUUAAAUGAACCCCAACACAAGUUUAGGCCAACAGAACAAGAGUUUAGAAGCAAUUUAGACGACUUUGAGACAUUACACGAUCCAACGGCUGUCGAUAUACAGAAAUGCAUACAAAUUUUAGAAGAAAUGCCGCUUGUAAGAACCGCUGAAGAACGCAGCGACGGAGGCAAAAGUCCGCCACUUGAAAAAAUGCAAACCAUUGAUGAGAUCAAUGAUGACUUGGACUUGGAGUGCAGCUUUGUAAUAGAGAAUGUUGAUAAAGGGCGCAUGGAACUCAAAGGCCAAGAACUGGCGGCCAGCGACACAACAACACAAGAGCAACUAGAAACCGAAUCUGAGUUUGGCGCAGUCGAAGAGCACUUAAACUUCAGCGAGACUUUUGCAGAUUUGGAUGAAGUAGCAAUAACGGGCGAUUAUUAUUUCAGGGAGGAUAACAAUUCUUUUUGCAGUAACACGGAUACCUACAACACACUCGAAAGCAGCAGCGAUGAGGACAAUGAAAGCGAUGUCUUCGCAGAUGCGCUACCAAAUUUGGUGGAAGAUGAAGGAACCAAGGAGGAUAAAGUUGCUGAAGAGACGCAUGCAGAUAGCUUUAAACAAGAAGAGCACACAGCAGCGGGGACAAAAACCGAUUUAACUAUAAAAGAAGCCGACCCGAUAUCUGAACCCAAACCCACAACUGAAGUCGAGCUUAGAGACACCACUGACAGACCCAAAAUCAAUGCCAAAGAGUUACUAGACACCUUAAAAGCAAUCAAAGAUGACUUUCGUGCCACUAUUGCAACGACAACAACAAUACCAACCUCAACUUACACAACAACAAUAGAUAACAGGCUAUAUACGCCACGCCCACUAACACAUAACAAAGGCAAAGCACCAGCGCCACCUUUGCCACCGCGUCCCGCACGUCCAGCAGAUGUUGUGUGUAGUACAACAGUACCUAAUAGUGGCUUAGAUGCGGCUAGUCUCUCUUCACGUAGUCCCUCGAUUAUAAGUAGCACAACAGUGCUUCCUAGUGGCUUAGAAGCUGCUAGCCUCUCUUCACGUAGUCCCUCGCCAGCGCCACAUCGUAACAUUUUCAAAAAUAUAAAAUCCAAUCUCUUGCGGCUCGCCAGCAACAACAGUUUGACGGGUAAAACCAGCGAGGCGUCUGUUGAAAAACCAACAACACCAUAUGAGACGCAAUUGUAGACUAGACUGCUAGUUUUAAACAUCAAACAGGCGUUCCGAGCCGAAGCAGAAGAGGGGGCGCUGAGUUUAAGAUUUAAAAAUUUCGACAAAGUAAUAAGGCGAUGCAUAUGACGCACAAUUUGGAGUAUAUAUAGACCUAUAACAACAACAACAACACAAAAGUCGGGUAUUUGAGACUAGCCGGUUAUGUUUAAAUCGGUUUAAAUAUAUUUUGGUCGAACAUUUAUCGCUUUUACAAUUUUACAACAACAACAACGCACCAAUUUAAUGCGACGUACUACAAAAAACAACAUUUUUCCUUCAGCACUGUUAUGUCGGCUAGCUAUACCACUCUUCCACGCACUAAAAAGUCUGAGAAAGUCAUUGGAGCCAGCGCGAAAACGCGCAGCAAGGCGGAGAAGUAGAGAAUUGGCAACAAACAAAAUAUGCAAACCCAGACGAAAUCAAAUCAAGAAAGACUCAACAAACAUUGAAAUAAUGGAAAGCAAA